GCCACUUCCAUAGUGUCAGCCUGCACUCCGGAGCCUGGGCGUUUCAAGCACUCUGUCCAGGACUGGCCCUCAACAAUCAUGGACUGUUUUUCUUUGCUCUGUUUUCUGUCAAGACACCAUGAUUGCUGGUAACCCAAUGCUGAUGGUCCUUUUACUAUGCCAUGUCCUGCUGGGAGGUGCUGAGCAUGCCAGCUUGAUCCCGGGCACCGGGAGGAAGAAAGUGGCACAGAGUGAGAGCCAGGCAGGGGGGAGUCGCUCCGGGCAGAGCUCUGGGCAUAGCAAUGAACUCCUGCGGGACUUCGAGGCCACUCUUCUACAAAUGUUUGGGCUCCGCAAGCGGCCACAGCCAAGCCAUGAAGUACCAGUCCCUGAAUACAUGCUGGACCUGUACCGGCUGCAGUCUGCAGAGCGAGAGGAAGAUCUGUGGGGGAUCAGUCUGGAGUACCCAGAAAGACCCACCAGCCGGGCCAACACCGUGAGAAGCUUCCAUCACGAGGAAAUUUUGGAGAAGAUAACCGGGACGGCAGAAAAUGCAAGUGUCCGAUUUUAUUUCAACCUCAGCAGCAUUCCUGAAAAUGAGGUGAUUUCAUCUGCUGAGCUGAGACUGUAUAGGGAGCAGAUCGAACAUAGUCUACCGUGGGAAGAAGGCUUCCACCGGAUAAAUGUAUAUGAAGUCAUGAAACCUCAUGCAGUAAAUGGACAAAUGGUUACUAGGCUGUUGGACACACGGCUAAUCCAUCAUAAUGAGACACAGUGGGAAAGUUUUGAUGUGAGCCCUGCCAUCAUGAGAUGGAUUCAUGAUAAGCAGAUAAACCAUGGGCUUGCCAUUGAGGUGAUUCACCUCAACUACACAAAAACUUAUCAGGGGAAACAUGUCCGGAUUAGCCGAUCAUUAUUACCUCAUGAGGAUGCAGACUGGUUACAGAUCAGGCCACUUUUAAUCACUUUUAGCCAUGACGGCAGGGGACAUGCACUGACCAGGAGGUCAAAAAGAAGUCCAAAACCACAGCGAGUCCGGAAAAGAAACAAAAAUUGCCGGAGACAUUCUCUCUAUGUGGAUUUCAGUGACGUUGGCUGGAAUGAUUGGAUAGUGGCUCCACCUGGGUACCAGGCUUUUUACUGCCACGGGGAUUGUCCAUUUCCAUUGGCUGACCACCUGAACUCAACCAAUCACGCUAUUGUACAAACGUUGGUCAACUCUGUAAACUCUAGCAUUCCCAAAGCAUGCUGCGUUCCCACAGAACUCAGCGCCAUUUCUAUGCUAUAUUUGGAUGAAUAUGACAAAGUAGUUCUUAAAAACUAUCAGGAGAUGGUGGUAGAGGGAUGUGGAUGCCGUUAAAUCGGAAAAUGAAACUUAAAUCCAUUUGCUUGCUGUGGGCGGGACUUCCUUUAAACUGAACAUUCACCUUGACCUUAUUUAUGACUUUUAUGUGAAAAUGUUUUGACAAUAUGAUCAUAUAUUUUGACAAAAUAUAUUUAUAACUACAUAUUAAAAAGAAAACAAAAUAAAAUAAUUCCUUAUUUUAAACAUAAGCUACUUAUUUGUACAAUAUGUUUAUAAGUGUACAUUAGGAUGACUAUGGAUUUAUGUGGAAAUAGAGUAUUUUUUUCUAUAAAUUGCUUUUUAAUAGUAUUUUAUAUUUAUUAGCUACUUGGCUUUUUUUUGUUUGUUUGUUUGUUUUUCCUUCAAUGAAUGUAAAUGAGACUAAGAGUUAUUGCUGUGUCAAUCUCCCAGUGUUGCGCUCCAGGGUUUAAACCACUUGACUUGCGAACCUGUAUGCUCAAUGCUGUUGUUAUUAGUCCUUGUUUUUUAUGUUUGUUUUCUUAUUCAUUUAAAAAGAGUCUCCUAACCUCGCAAAGUGUUAUGCAAAUGCCAAGCAGGUAUUACCUCCCAAAUAACCUCAUAUAGUAUUUAAGUUCAAAGCUCUGAAUGGCUACCC